AUGAAGGGUCUUGAUGAUGAGCUACUCAAAGUGCAUAUUGGAUUGAACACCAAAGUUAAGGGGAAGGGGAAUGAGAAUGCCACUACUAAAGAAGGGGUUGAAACAGUUGGUGAUGCAGGUGGUAACAAUGCUGAAGAAGCUGAUGAUGUUGACCAAGUGGUGGAGGAGAUUGCAAGAGAGGUUGGAGUGGGAAGCAGAGAUGAGGAACUUGAUGAGGAUGAAACUAGCACAGGAGAUGAUGAGAAGGAUGAGGAUGAAGAAGAACAUGACCUUCAUGACAGGGAAGUCAGUGAUGAUUACAUGGUUGAGGAGGUGGAAGAUGAGGGUGACCGUGAUGGUCGUGGAGGUGAUGAUGAUGACGAUGACGAUGAGGAGGAAGAUGACCAUGAUGCUAGGGAAGGAGCUCAUGUGGUUCAUGAGGAGGAAGAUGACCAUGAUGACAUGGAAGUCAGUCAUGAUUAUGUGGUUGAUGAUAAGGAGGUUCGGGAUUCAGAUGAUGAGGGUGAGGAAGAUACACAUGUACUGAUAAUGACCCCUACCAAUGUUCCUUUACUGUUGGAUCAUGAAUGGGUGAGCAGUGACAGUGGGGAGGAAGGAGGGCCUGAAAAAUUGACCCAGUUUAGGAGGUCAACAAGGGCAAAGAGUGCCACAAUUAAAUCUCCAUGGAUGGAGUUCAAGGCAGCUCCGAGAAUGAAGAGGCCAAAGGACAAAAGGGAUAUUUUUUUCACUUUAAUAUCCCGUAGACCCAAGGGAGAGGAAGAGGGGAACAUGACUGUCAUCAAAAUGUUUGAUGAAGAUAUAGACCAACAAUAG